UCUUUUACUUACCAUGUUCAUAAUUACUUGCUGAACACCACGCCCGGCCGACAACCAAAUCUAAACCCAUCUCGUUUGAGAAAAUAUAUUCAAUCAAAAUCGCGAUGAGAUCCUCGCCAUCGCCACUGCCAUCUCCAUCUCAACCCAAAAUCUAAUAAUGGACAUGAAGCGAAUCAGAACCCAGCGGCAUCCAUCUCCAAACGCCCCCCUCGAUCUUGAAGAAUCAGACGGCGCCGGUGCUCGAGCUCCAAUGGAGAAGAGACCCAAUUUAGGAAAGCUGCGUUUGAUAAUCGUUUUGGUUGGAUUCUUAGUCCUUCUACCUCUUCUCGUCGCUAUCUCGGGGUUCCAUCGAAGCUUGCCCCUUGAUCAGCUCCAGGGAGCUGCUGAAAGGGGCAAAUUUGAAGUUAGAACAGAACAAGGUUCUGAAGAAGCUUCUUUUGCUCCUCCCGAAACCCCAAAGGACACACUCCUUGGUGGCUUACUUGCUCCUGGAUUUGACCAAGAUUCGUGCUUGAGCAGGUAUCAGUCUGUUUUCUACCACAAGGCCUCAAAAUAUUCACCUUCUCCUUAUCUCUUAGAGAGGCUACGGAAGUACGAAGCUCUCCACAGAAAAUGCGGUCCAAACACCGAAUUAUACAAUAAGACCAUACAUAAGCUCAAGUCUGGUCAGUCGACUGAGACAACAGAAUGCAACUAUGUGGUCUGGAUAUCACACAGUGGCUUAGGAAACAGGAUACUGACUCUAGCUUCAACUUAUCUCUAUGCCCUUCUCACAAACAGAAUCUUAUUGGUUGAUCGAGGUGCUGACAUGGCCGACCUCUUCUGUGAGCCUUUUCCUGAUAUCUCAUGGCUACUUCCUUUGGAUUUCCCUCUGAACCCUGUUAACAAUUUUAAUGAAAAGUCGACUGAAAGCUAUGGAAUCAUGGUGAAGGAUAAAGAUCUUAGUGGGAAAUCUCCACCUUCUCAUGUCUAUCUCCAUUUAGCUCAUGAUUAUGGUGACUUUGAUAAGCUCUUCUUUUGUGAAGCUGACCAAGAUUUCCUCAAAAAGGUCCCUUGGCUUGUUCUAAGGUCAGAUAACUAUUUUGUUCCUUCUCUUUUUCUUAUACCGAAAUAUGAGGAAGAACUGCAUAGACUUUUCCCACAAAGAGAUACCGUAUUCCACCAUUUGGGGCGAUACCUUUUCCACCCUACAAAUAUAGUAUGGGGGUUGAUAACUCGAUACUAUGAAGCUUAUCUAGCCAAGGCCGACGAAAUUUUGGGCAUCCAAAUCAGAGUGUUUGAUAUUGGCACUGGCCCAUUUGAACAUGUACUUGACCAAAUUAUUGCAUGCACUCAGAACGAAAAACUAUUGCCAGAAGUCAGUAAGAACAAUGUAGCGACUCCAACCACACCUGUGAAAAGAUCAAAAGCCGUUCUAAUGACUUCUUUGAGCUCCGGGUAUUUCGAGACAAUAAGAAAUAUGUACUGGGAGAAUCCAACAUUCAAUGGGGAGAUAGUUUCUGUGUACCAACCGAGUCACGAGGAGUACCAACAGACAGAGAAACAAAUGCACAAUAUGAAAGCAUGGGCUGAAAUGUAUUUGUUGAGCUUUUCAGAUUCAUUGGUUACGAGUUCUUGGUCUACAUUUGGCUAUGUUGCUCAGGGUCUUGGAGGAUUGAAGCCAUGGAUUUUGGUGAAACCUGAGAAUAGAACUACACCAGAUCCACCGUGUGGAAGAGCUAUGUCGAUGGAUCCUUGUUUUCAUGCUCCGCCAUUUUAUGAUUGCAAAGCGAAGAGAGGGAUUGAUACUGGAGCUUUAGUACCUCAUGUAAGGCAUUGUGAGGACAUGAGUUGGGGGCUUAAGCUCGUUGAUACAGAUGAGUGGUAGCUCUUUCUGUAGAGAGAUAUGUUUAGGUUGUAUACUAGAAUUAGACUUCAUAGCUUUUAGCUGUGUUUGUGUAUUAGAAUGAGUUUGUUUUGAGUAGAAGUAGUUACAAAUUGAUGCGUAAUUUGUGAUGUUGAGAUCCAUUCCACGAUGUAAGGGAGUAAUCUUGUAUAAUCAACAUUUUGGUAGAAUUUUUGCUGCAUAUUAGCUUUGAAGUUAAUAAGCCUAUUUUGUGGUCUUUUUUUCA